UGUUGUUUGGGUGAUUCUUCUUUCGUGUCACUCAGGAAGCUAGAUAUUUCAUCCGGCUAGCUAGCUAGGGUUUUCUUAGUAAAACAAAAAUAGCCUAAGCAUGCACAAAAAAAGCAUACGGGUGAAAAAGGAAAUAAGGAGAAGGAAAUUAUUAUGGAAGGAGCUGAUAGGAAGGAGGAGAGUUUGCCUCCAGGGUUCCGGUUUCACCCAACCGACGAGGAACUCAUCACAUGCUACCUGGUAAGCAAGAUCUCUGAUGCUAAUUUCACGGGAAGGGCUAUUGCUGAUGUUGAUCUUAACAAGUGUGAACCAUGGGAUCUUCCAGGGAAGGCAAAAAUGGGAGAAAAGGAGUGGUACUUCUUCAGCCUUCGAGAUCGGAAAUACCCAACAGGUGUGAGAACAAAUAGAGCGACAAAUACUGGAUAUUGGAAGACGACAGGAAAAGACAAAGAGAUCUUCAACAGUGUGAGUUCAGAAUUAAUUGGAAUGAAGAAGACUCUGGUUUUCUAUAGAGGGAGAGCCCCUCGAGGAGAGAAAACCAACUGGGUCAUGCAUGAAUAUCGGAUUCACUCCAAAUCUGCCUUUAGAACUACCAAGGACGAAUGGGUGGUUUGCCGAGUGUUCCAGAAAAGCGCAGGAGCUAAAAAAUACCCAUCAAACCAAUCAAGAGGAGCAGUGAAUCCGUACAACCUUGAAAUGGGAGCCAAUGUAAUGAUGCAGCAGGCAGUAGAUAACUAUCAGUUUCCAGUUGGAAGAAAUUACAUGAGCCAAGCGGAGCUGGCAGAACUGACGAGGGCUCUCAGAGCUGGUGAAUCAACCAGUUUAAGUCUGCCUCUUCAAUCCCAAAUGAACUACCCACCACUUGGACCCCCAGGAUCAUCCUUCACCAUUUCUGGCUUGAAUUUGAAUCUUGGAGGGGCUUCCAUUUAUAGGCCAUUGCAGCCUCAGCCUCCUCCUCCUCCUCCUGCAGUCAUCAACCAACAAGAUGUUAAUUCUUCCAUCAUCACCGCUGCUCCUUCCUUUGCUGCAGAGGCUGCUCAUGCCUAUGCUGCCGAUAUGAACAGUGCUGCAAAUGCCUCAACCAACAGAUUCCUGGGUGUCGAACAUUGCAUGGAUUUAGAUAAUUACUGGCCUUCUUACUGAACUCAUACCACAGCUCAGCUGCUAGAUCUUCUACUUAUGUUUAGUUCCAAUAUAGUUUUAGUCGCUUCUUAUAUAUGUGCACUGUUUUAGGAUAUGCAAUUAUUGGGUAAAAUACCACCCAGCAAUUAGAGUCAUGUCUUACUGUAGGGAUUGAGAUCCUUUGGAUUCUUCUUUUCUAUUUUCCUUCCUUUUUCUUUUUAAAUUGGGAAUCAUGUUUUUCUAGUUAAUCCAUCUUCAAAUUUCUUGCCAGCAUAUGUUGCUGGGAAUAGAA